AGCUCCUGAUGCAGGCUGUUCAUUAGCACACCGGACUUAGAUCACCACAAUUAAAUCAGAGCAAUUAAAGAGCGUGGAGAAAAAGCUCGAACCAGUAAGGACUUUAUCUUUCCAGAGGCUGAUCUCUUGAUGACUCCAAAUAAAUCGCACGCGAGCGUGAGGAAAUAUCCGUGCUCUUAUUUCAAUCAUGACAUUAAGUUUUUCGUCCUUCUCCAUCAAAGACAUCCUCACCGGACGUGAUGCCCGGGGGAAGCCUGGCACAGAGGAGAACUGCGCACCAAAGCGCAACAUCUGCACACCAAAGCGCAACAUCUGCACCGGCCAGAGAGACACUUAUCUGUCUCAUCGAGACGCGGACGAGACACGCAUCCACCAGGAGACACUUCCUGCUGAUCUCAGUCUGUCUGCUGGGAACCUCCGACCUGAUGCCUUCAACGAGGAGUCCACAGGAGAGGAGACUGAGCUCAGAGAAGGUGCUGCAGACCAGCAGCCACACUGCGUGGAGCAGGAUAACCGUCAGAAGGAGGAUGCGGAGGCCGAGGAGGAGAGAUGUCUCCACAGCGGAGAGACGGUCAGCUGUUCGUCCGAUGAGCAGCAAUGCAGGCCAGGCACGAAGAAGCGCUCCCGGGCGGCCUUCUCUCACGCUCAGAUCUACGAGCUGGAGCGCCGCUUCAACACGCAGCGGUAUCUGUCCGGUCCGGAGCGGGCCGACCUGGCAGAAGCUCUGAGACUCACAGAGACCCAGGUGAAGAUCUGGUUUCAGAACCGGAGGUAUAAAACCAAACGGCGCCAGAUGGCUGCCGAGCUGGCGGCCUGCAGCUCGCCCAAGAAAGUAGCAGUGAAAGUUCUGGUGAUGGACAAUCAGAAGCAGUACCAUCAUCAUCAUCAUCAGGCGAAUGGAGUACACCUCCCAGUGACUGUGCCACUGUACCAGCAGGCCUACCAGUACCACCCAUACCUGCACUACUACUGCCAGCAGCCCUGGAGCAUGAGCAGCAUGUCCUGAGGGAUGCUCUGAACAGAACAGGACUUAUAUUGGCAGCUUUCUGUACAGUCAAUGGAUCAACCUCUCUUGUCAAACUGACUGAGAUUGUACAGUUUUGUUUUUUUUUUUUUUUUUUUUGAUUAGCUAAAUUUAGAAAUAUUCUGCAAAUUUUGUAUAAUCAAGGAAAUUAAAAUAAUAACAUUAAAACAUUCAAAGUGUUAAGCUGCAGCAACGAUUAGUGUGGGGCAUAUAAGAGGCAUUGCACAGCUCUUUUAAGACUACCAGUUGAUUAGAUUAUAAAGAAAUCUUUCAAAUUGAAUACUGAGAUUUGAGUGUGGUUAUUAUUUUGUAAUGAUUUACAAGAAAAAUAAUAAUAAUUAAAGGCUAAAUACUGCUGACUUGUUCAAACCUUUUUCCUGAACUGCCAGGUCAUUUUUUCAUAAUCUUAUUUUUCUAUUUCGUUUAAUAUACAAUAUUAAAAAAGGGAAAAACAGAAAAA